AUGGGAAUUCCGACUUGGUUGUGGAAGGCGUCGACGCACCAUCCAUUGGCGCCGGUCGAAGCCCGGAACUAUCGAUGCUGCUGUACAUGCUGUACUUCUAAGUGCGGCUUCAUCUUCAUGAUGGUCCUGUGGGCGAUCUACACGGUGUUCAUGCUCGGGUUUUUGACCAUCGCCUUCUUGGCCAUCCCACCGAAAGAGUUCCCGAAGAUCAUCACCUUCCCCCAGUUCUGGGCAGCCAUCUGCGCGAUCGUCGGCACCUUUUUUGGAAUUCGGGCCAUACAGACACAGAAGCCAGCUUGGAUGCAACUUUUCCUGGUUUCUUGGACGACCAUGACGCUGAUCCACUUCGGACUCUUCACCUACAUUUGCAUCUAUGAGACUAAAGCAGAGGGCCGUAUUUUCAUCGAUCGCAAGGGUACGAUCAGUGAAGGAUAUCCAUGGUCAAUGAUGAUCGUAUUCGGACUAUUCCUGGCAAUCUACCACAUUUUCAUGACGCUCCCCUUCGUCUCCUACUAUCAUUAUAUCCGCGAUCGUCAACUGGAGCUGGAGCAGCAGCAAGGCAGAAUGCAGUCCGUUCAAGCCUACAAA